AUGUUUGUCGACGCUAAGAAAGUAUAUCAUUCUCAAAGGUGGUCAAGGGUUGGGAAGCACACAAGGGAAGCCGAGGCGUUCAAGAUCACGAGAGGCCUCGUGGACCAGAACCUCACUCAUUUUUCCUUCGAACCAGUGGCCUCGGACGCACAAGCACAAUACGUUGCGGCCUGCGAUUCGUGGUGGGGGAAAUACGUUUGUCAUAAAAUAAUCAAAACAGAUGACGACGAAAGAAGAGCCACAUGGAUCAUGCGCAAUAACACUGGAGACGAUGGGUUUGAGCAUAACACCAAGAGUUUCGAGUCCUUGUUCUACCCAGGAUACUUCAUGCAGCUGGAGAAGCCAUGGGUACGGCUGUCCAAGCCUGGUGGCCGCGACUUUAGCAGAGCUGCUUCUUGGAAGGUUGAGUUCGCCCAGCUGGCCAGCUGA